CCAGUGUCCUUGUUGAUUGUUGAUUCUUGGGCUCGACUCAAUGUCCCGGUAGGGCACGAAGACGAAACCCUGAAACCUUCUCACCGACCAGCACACACCGGCAUAAAUUACCGGUACGGUAGCACCACAGCCAUCAUCAUCAUCAUCAUCAUCAAACACCCUCUGCCUAUCCACAUCCUCAAAAAGCCACUGCAGUUGGCUCGCCAUGAACCUUAUUAUUAGCCUUUUCCUCCUUUCCUUCGUGCCUUUUGCCACUGAAGGCGGGCCCGUGGCGAAAAGUUUUGCAGUUGAUGAUCCAUCCUGCAUGGGCGUCAUUGGUGCCGUGGAUGUUGACCUUAACAACAACAGGUCCGACUGGACGACGACCGACACGAAACAUAACGCAUCUUGUUCUGCACAAGAAACAGACGACCAGUUUUGGUCGGAGCUCCACCAAAAUCUGUUGGAUUGGAGAUUUCCCGGUCAUCCGUGCGAACCGGAACACGAACAGGGACUCCAAGCGCAACCCAUGUCGGCUUGUGUGGGAGUCCUCCUCUCGUGCUAUCUGUUUGUCAAGUUUGUCAUGGGGGUACACAACCAACGCCCCACGGCCAUUUGCCUUGCCGUCUUGGCAUUGUUCGCCGAAAACACGGUCCACAUGUUGGCCCAUACCGUUGGGACUCUGGAUAGUCGAUCGUCUUGGACGGUGGCACAAUUGGCACGAGGCGAGUGUACACAUGUCUUUCACUACAUCAUGACGUUGGCAACCGCGUGUGGUCUUGGUAACCAAGUGGGGCAUCCUAAAUCCAAGGCAUGGAAACUUGUAUUCCUCGUCACGGCCAUUUUGGAUUUGGUCUUGUUCCUCCAGUUUGGGAUUAGUUUCUACUCCAUGGUCUGUGGAAUUCUCAUGACUGCCAUUGUGUAUGCGGGCUACUAUCCCCGACUGGAUGCCACCUCCAAAGCCAGGAUCUGGUCCUUGACACUCUUGUCCACCACAUUGACUCCUCUGGCGUUUGCCAAUGAGAGCCUGAAUUGUGAGUACAUGGUGUCACUUCUUGCUCCUGUGGCCCCGCACUGCUUGAUUGAGAUCUUUUUGACAACGCCAACCUUUUGGGCACUGGAAAAGCUGGUCACGGAAUCUCAUGCUGAAACAAACUACGACAAGUCAGACUCAUACCGAGAAGGAAGUCUGAGGAGCUAGCUAGCUAGCUACUAGUCGCCAGCUGAUGUCUGUCGAGGGGAACUUCGUUGAGUUCGUGAUUGAAAGAAUGAAAAACAUGUAAAUUUAGUUUAUGAAAAUGUGUAUAAUGGCGACUUUUUGAGUUU